CGCGGGGGCUUGUGGGCUUUUGGCGGAAUUAUGGCGGCAGCGUAGGGCCUGGUUGCGUAGGGUUGGAGGGAGAUCGCGGUUAGUUUAAAAUGACGACAGCAGCAAGGCCAACGUUCGAGCCUGCAAGAGGAGGAAGAGGAAAAGGUGAAGGAGACUUAAGUCAGCUAUCCAAACAGUAUUCCAGCAGAGACCUUCCUUCUCAUACUAAAAUCAAAUACAGACAGACCACUCAGGAUGCUCCUGAAGAGGUGCGUAACCGUGAUUUCAGAAGGGAGCUGGAGGAGAGAGAACGGGUUGCUGCAAGAGAAAAGAAUAGAGACAGACCAAACAGAGAACACACAACAUCAUCUUCUGUGUCUAAGAAGCCUCGCCUAGACCAGAUUCCUGCAGCAAAUCUUGAUGCUGAUGAUCCACUGACUGAUGAAGAUGAUGAAGAUGAUGACUUGGAAGACAGUGAUGAUGAUGACACUGCAGCUCUUCUGGCUGAGCUGGAAAAAAUCAAGAAAGAACGAGCUGAGGAACAGGCUCGAAAGGAACAAGAGCAAAAGGCUGAAGAAGAGAGAAUUCGGAUGGAGAACAUUCUGAGUGGUAACCCACUGCUGAACCUCACUGGCCCAGCACAGCCUCAAGCAAACUUCAAAGUGAAGAGGAGAUGGGAUGAUGAUGUUGUCUUCAAGAAUUGUGCCAAAGGGAUAGACGAAACAAAAAAGGACAAAAGAUUCGUGAAUGAUACUCUGCGAUCAGAAUUUCACAAAAAGUUCAUGGAGAAAUAUAUCAAGUAGUACAGUUUUCUGUGCGGUGGUGCUGAAGGACUUGGAAGGUCAUGGUUGUCCCCUCCCUCUCCCUUGGAAUUCAAGGCUGAAUGCUUGGUCGUGAAUUCCCAAAUGCUUUAUCAAGAUCAUCGACAGCUUCGUAAUUAGUGAUUGCUAUGUAUCUGGCAUUUUUAUUCCUGCAGCGUGUUUUCCUUUUCAGUUUUAAUUAAACCAGUUUGUGUUUCACAAAUGUUUUUCUGUUCACCUGUGUUUACUUUUACUGGCCGCCUUGUAAAUGGUAGAAGGGAGAAGCUGGUUUGCGAUAAAUACUUUUGAUUAUUUCGGCUGCUUUCCAGAAAAAGCUGUGUUUGUGGUGAUGGUGAUUUGUACCUUAUGCAACUUAUAGAAAUGUCAGUAUUACCCAAGAUGGGUAAUUAGAGGAGUAUGAUAAACGCUGUGAACUGAAAA